AUGACGGUGCCAGUGCUGAACGGGCUGAAGUCCGUGGGCGCGACUUCUCAGAGUCGCUACACCUCGUGGGCGGACUUGAUCAGCGAAAUGGGGCCCAUGAAUGCUGUCGCCUACGGGCUCGCCUUCUCUCUCGGCCUCUCCGUCGUCGGGGCUGCCUGGGGAAUUUCCAUCUGCGGAAGCAGUAUAUGCGGAGCGGCGGUGAGAGCGCCUCGCAUUCGGUCCAAGAACCUCGUCUCGGUUAUCUUCUGUGAAGCUGUCGCCAUCUACGGUGUCAUCAUAGCGAUCAUCAUUUCAGGCCAGUUGGACAAUGCGCCACCGAACUUCUCGGCGAUUACUGGGAAAUUGAAUGACUGGCAAAACCAAGCCGUGGUCGCCGGAUGGGCUCUCUUCUGCUGUGGUCUCACUGUUGGUCUGUCGAAUCUGUUUUGCGGAAUCAGCGUCGGCGUCUCGGGCAGCGGCGCGGCUCUCGGCGACGCACAGCGGCCAGAGCUGUUUGUGAAGAUGCUUGUCGUGGAAAUCUUUGCUUCGGCCCUUGGCCUCUUCGGGGUGAUUGUGGGCAUCUUGCAGUCCAACAAGGGAAAGUUUGAUAAAGUGGACAACGUCUCGCUGAUUUAG